UUUCCAAAAAACUCUCAACUAAUACCCACCGCAAGAACCAGUGUGAUAUCAAGCUCUCUCUCCCCCAAUGCCAACCAUUUUGGUCAGGAUUUUCCUUAUUUACAAUCUUCUUAAUGCAUUCCUCCUCUCUUUGGUACCCAAAAAACUGAGACCUCUUCUCCCCUCAUGUUGGUUUCCUGACAUAAACCAAAACGAACCCAAAGCCAAAACCAGAACCAAAACAAGAACCAGUGUUGCUGACAAGAACAAGGGUCAGGGUCAGGGUCAGGAUCAAGAUCAGCUGAGAAUCACAAGAAUGGAGCCGACUGAGCUGAAGCGCGUGUUCCAAAUGUUCGACCAGAACGGCGACGGGCGCAUCAGCAGAAAGGAGCUGAGCGAUUCGCUGGAGAACUUGGGCAUCUUCAUCCCUGACAAGGAGCUGGUCAACAUGAUCCAGAAGAUCGACGUGGACGGAGACGGGUGCGUCGACAUUGACGAGUUCGGAGAGCUGUACCAAUCCAUAAUGGACGAGCGGAACGAGGAGGAGGACAUGAAGGAGGCAUUCAACGUUUUCGAUCAGAACGGUGAUGGCUUCAUCGCCGUCGACGAGCUGAGGUCCGUCUUGUCCUCCCUCGGCCUCAAGCAAGGCAAGUCCAUGGAGGACUGCAAGAGGAUGAUUAUGAAGGUCGACGUCGAUGGAGAUGGCAGGGUCAAUUACAAGGAGUUCAAGCAGAUGAUGAAGGGAGGAGGCUUUAGCGCUUUAACAUAGUCCCUUCUUUUUCUUCUUUUUUCUUUUGCCUACAUUCAUCAUCAUGUAUUCAACAAGGGAUCCAAAUUCUUUGUGUAAAUAGUUUUCAGAUCCAAUCAUGGAACAAAUUAAUUCAGAGAUCGAGUCGGUGCGUGGAGUCGGAUUCCGAGUUGUUUUUGUGGCCGGUGAGAUGACGUUGCUCGCAAAUUUAUGUCCGGCAUCAUGCAAGGUCGGCUCCGGUGAAGCCUUCUGUUCAAAAGGAGGAAGGAGGCCGGAUUGAAAGGCAUAGAUUACUAGAUUAGAGAAUUUCAUGGAGCCGCAUUAUGCAUAUCAAGAGUUUUCAACAAUUUUAAGAACAAUGUGCAAUUCUUUGUACGUGUUUAUUGAUUUGUUUCCUAUCUUUGAAACUUUCUAUC